ACGCCGUCCAGCCCCUCUUUCCCGCUGCGUCCACUGUCUCCUCCCGGCCUACCGAGGCUAGCCUGCCGCAGGCUACAGCGCCGCUGAAAAGGCCCUUUCCAUGCUGCCUCAACAUCGCCGGCCGGCAGCAGAGCCGUUGUGAUCGGGGUGGCGUUGCUUCUCCUCUCAUUCUCGCUAUAUAAAUGGGUCUAGUCCAGCCAUUGGAGGUCUCAUUCCAUUCUGUUUAGCUCUCUCCCCUCCACUAGCUAAAUACUCACCCAACACUGACUCCAGCCAUAGAAGCUUGCGUCUCUUCUUCUCCAGCUAGCUCGUUCUGUUUCGUUUUCCCCUGUGCUGUCUGUGUAAACCAGAUGGAGAGGGCGAGGAGGCCGCAGGUGCCGGCGUUCGGGGAGUGGAACUACUGCUACCACCACUACGGCGAGCCGCCCGCCGCCGAGUGCUACUACGCCCCGGUGCCGGAGCCAGAGCAGGAGGCCUGCAGCGACGUGUGGUUCAGGUACUCGCCGCCUCCGCGCAAGGCAACGCCCAAGAAGUCGAGGAGGCCGGAGGUCGACGUAGCUCAUCGGGAGAAGGGAGGCGGCCGGCGCGCGAGGGCGCCGGAGGCUGGCGGCAUGGCGCGCGCCACCGCUAUCAAGACCAGAGGCGCCUCCGGCUCCAGGGUGGUGCGGCCGGUCGACGAGGACCUGUACCAGGUGCCGCCGCCGGAGCUCGUCAGCUCUCACCGCCGCCCCAGGCGCAAGAGGAGGAGCCUGCUGAUGGGUUGCUUGGGCCUCAACUCGUGCGUCGUCUGAAGACUGAACGAACGGCCGUUCGAUUCGAAUGCUGGUUCUUGCGGUGUGUGUGUUUUGUUUUGUGAUCUCUCGGGCUAGCUAAAUGAUCACUUGUAAUGAUUUCGAUCGAGCUGCUUGUUUAUUCCGUAGUAGUAAGUUGUAUCCGCGGAUCAGCUGAUCCACUCCUCGUGUGUAAACUGGUGCAAUUAGUUAAGACUUAAGAGUAAGACUGAUAUGCUUUUA